CUCCUGCCUGCACUGCUCGCUCCAAGCUCGCUCCAUCAUAGUCGCCCGUCGCUUCUUCUCCUCAACGGGAGGCCCAGCAGCCGUUCAACUGUGCUUCCUCCUCUCCUCUGCUCGCUGCUCCAUCGCUGCUCGCGUCUUCCCAUCAGCCUUCGUGCUUCCUCGUCCCCCAAACCUUGCUCGUCCUUCAGCAGUUCCCUGCUCAAGACGUAGGCUACACGGCUUCACGAUGUCUGCUUCACAGCCUCUUCCCUUUGACCCGACGUCAGGCUCGUUGAGCCAAAAGAAACCUUUUGACGUGGAUGUCAGCAAGCUGCAGGACCCCAGUAAGGUGCAGGAGGGAUGCAAUCCUGUGGUACUCUUGGCUUGUGGCUCGUUCUCCCCACCCACGGUGUUACACACUCGCAUCUUCGAGACAGCGAGGGACUAUUUCCGUGAGACGGCAGAGACGAACAAGCUUCAAGUUGUUGGCGGCUUCAUCUCUCCCGUUCAUCCUUCCUACGGCAAAAAGGGACUCGCUGCACCCGAGCACCGCGUUGAGAUGGUCAAGCGAGCGCUGGAGACUUCAGACUGGAUCGCAUGCGAUGAAUGGGAAGUGAAGCAGAACGAGUGGACGCGAACUCGCUUAUCGCUGGACCGCAUGUAUCAGGAGUUGAACAAGGAUCGCGGUGGACAGGAGGUGAAAGUGAUGCUGCUGUGCGGUGCUGAUAUUCUUGAGUCCAUGGUCACACCAGGAAAGUGGAGGGAGAGGAGCGAGGAGCGGAGGGGAAUGAUCCUCAGCCGUGGAAUCGUGUGCAUCAAACGUAGCGGCUCCGAUCCCGAGCGACUGAUCCAGGAGAACGAUCUUCUGUAUGAGCGAACGCGUCCUUUCAAUUCGCUCAUUGUGUGUCAGGCCCGCGAGUGGGUGGAGAACAACGUGAGCUCAACGGCUGUUCGCCGUGCCAUCAAGCGCAACAUGAGCGUCAAGUAUUUCGUUGCGGACCCUGUGCUGGACUACAUCAAAGACAAGCGUCUCUUCCUGGACUGA